CCCUAACACUAAACCCUUUGCUUCGCUUUGCGCCUCGAGUCUCUGUUGGGCACACAGAAAUGGCCAUGUACGCAAUGCUCCGCCGCGCCUCCGCUGCCGCGAUGCCUCAGCUGGCGCGCCGCGCCGUUGCAUCUUCAUCUUCUAGAACCUUCCAGAACAUUCUCUCUGUUCUCCACAGAGAGACAGCAGCUACUGUUGCUCCCUCUCUUCGUUUCGCCAACACCUUCGUUUCGAAGGCCAGUGCCGACGAUAGUCUUGCUCAAGUGCUUCAAUCAGAGCUCCAGUGCGCCCUCGAAGACGAUAAUGCCAACCACCAGGUUGAAAUCCCAGAUGAUUUUCCUUUUGAGAUUGAGGACAAUCCUGGGGAAAGAACCAUACAUCUAAAGGGACAAUAUGGGGAUGAAACUAUCAGAGUUCAAGUUGACAUCCCUAAUGUAGCACCUGAAGAAAAUGAGGAUGACGAAGAUGGUGAGAAGAAUGAUAGUGAAUCUAGCAUUCCUUUAGUUGUGACUGUUUUUAAAGGAAAUGGAGUCAGUCUAGAGUUUGGCGUGACUGCUUUUCCUGAUGAGAUUUCUAUUGAUAGCUUGUCAAUAAAGCAGUCUGAAGAAUCUGAAGACCAGCUGGCAUACGAGGGGCCGGAGUUCACUGAUUUGGAUGAAAAUCUGCAAAAGGCUUUUCUCAAGUAUCUUGAGAUCAGGGGUAUCAAGCCCAGCACAACCAACUUCUUGCAGGAAUACAUGUUUGCUAAAGACAACAAGGAGUAUGUAAUGUGGUUGAAGAACCUGAAGAACUUCGUUGAGAAGUGAUUUUAAAAAGAAAUGGUUUCUUCUCCUAAUAUCGUGAAAUGUUGACAAAGCCUGUUAUUUUUUGGUGUACAAGCAUGUUUUGUCCUGUAGUAUCAUUAUGAGAAUUACUGGUGAAGUGUAGACUAAUAAUUUGAAAAAACUUGAAUGGUGAAAGGAUUGUUUAGGCUGUCCCCUGCAAUUUACCUUCACCCUUCAUUCAAUAGACUUUGGGUGAUUCCCCCAGUCAUUCUUACCUUUGUUUUGAGAUGCUAGUUCAGCAAUUUAUAGAUUGGCCGGAUAAAUAUAGUCCAUCAGGAGUGCUGCUAUAUACUCUUGAUUCAUGCA